AAAAAUAGAGAAAGAGAAAGAGAUUAGAAGGAUGAAUGGAGGAGGUUACAAGAUGAAGUCAAUGGAGAUGAUGCAAGGAAAAGAAAGCAAUGAAAGCAAUGUUAAGUUUCAGAUGCCACUGCAUUACCCUAAAUAUACAAAGGCAGAGUAUGAAUCAAUGCCAGAGAAAGUUCUUGACCGUUUGCUAUCAGAGUAUGGACUUCCGGUCACCGGAGACGUCGCCGAGAAGAGGAAGCUCGCCGUCACUUCAUUCCUCUGGCCUCACUGCUCUCACCUUACUUCUUAUGCAGAUAAAUAAAUUUUCAUGUUCACUUGAA